AUGGAGCCCCAAGUUCCCCCAAAGGCCUCGGGGGGCACCAGGAAAGGUUCUGGGGAGACCUGGGAGGGUUCAGAAGAGACUGGGAAGGAUUCUAAAGAUAGCAGGGAAGUUACUGACGAAAUGAAGAAAGACAACGAAGAGAUCCUGAACAGCCCUGACCAGGUUAGGAAGGGUUCUCCUGAUGUCAAGAAGAAGAAGAAGAUAAAGAAGAAAAGUGUUAAACGGAAGGGGUUUCUUGAGCCCAUGAAGUUGGAUUCCGUCGAGGACAGUUGGCGGAAGGGGUCUCUUGAGCCCAUGAAGUUGGAUUUCGUCAAGGACAGUUGGUGGAAGGGGCCCUUUGAGAACAAGAAGCUGGAUUUUGCCGAGUACAAUUGGGUUUCGGUCGAUAACAGGAGAGUUUCGGUAGACAGCAAGAAGAGUUCGGUCGAUAGCAAGAGGAGUUCGGCCGAUAGCAAGAGGGCUUCAGCCGAUAGCAAGAGGGGUUCAGCCGAUAGCAAGAGGGCUUCAGCCGAUAGCAAGAGGGCUUCAGCCGAUAGCAAGAGGGCUUCAGCCGAUAGCAAGGGGGGUUCAGCCGAUAGCAAGAGGGCUUCAGCCGAUAGCAAGAGGGCUUCAGCCGAUAGCAAGGGGGGUUCGGUCGAUAGUAAGAAGGGCUUUGGAGCCAAUAAGAUGGAUUUCAGUGAGGACAGAGAAAUAUCUCAACCCAUUCUUGCCAGGGCGCAACACAGCAAGGCGCCAUGGGCCCUGAUGAAAGCAUUGGGUCGUUUCAAGCUGUCCCUCCCAGAUCUCCGUCGGUAUUAUAAUCUGACCUCCCAUGACCCCCUGGCCUUAGACAAGGAUCAUCUGCUACGUGACAAGAGCCGCAGGGCAACAGUGAAGAAGUUCUGGGGUAACCAGCAACCUCUCUCUAAGAUCCCGUUUAAGAUUCUGAUCGGGCAUGACCACAUCGUAAGCUCCUGCCACUUUUGUAUGAAUGAUACAAGGUUCCUCAGUAGCUCCUACGACUGCUCAGUGAAGCUGUGGGAUGCUGAAGAAGGAACUGUGGUUUGGGACUUUGAGCCACGACCCAAAGCUCCUGUUUUAGAGUGCAGCAUCACGGCUGACAACAGAAGGGUGGUGGCAUCAUCCUAUGAUAAAACGGUGAGGGCUUGGGACGUUGAGACAGGUCAGCUUCUGUGGAAAAUCAGGCACGAUACCUUCGUAGUGUGCUGUAAAUUCUCUCCCAACGGGAAGUACGUGCUGUCAGCCUUGGAUGUGGAUCGCGGGAUCUACCUAAUGGAUCCAGAAAACAUCACCAACGUUAUUCAUAUGAAAGAUCAUCACCAAAGGUCCAUCACUUCAUGCUGCUUUGACCCUGACAGCCAGAAGGUGGCGUCUGUCUCCAUGGACAGGUGUAUCAAGAUCUGGGACAUCACAUCCCGAACCACGCUGUUUACCAUACCAGAGGCGCAUUUCAACGCCAUCUCAGACUGCUGUUUCACCUCCAGUGGCCACUUCUUGUGUACCAGCUCCUGGGAUAAAAACAUAAAAAUCUGGAAUGUCCACACGGGGGAGUUUCGAAACCGCGGAGCCUGUGUGACUCUGAUGAAGGGCCACGAGGGCUGUGUGAGUUCCUGCUGCAUUGCCAGAGACAGCUCUUUUCUCAUUUCUGGUGGAUUUGACAAGACUGUGGCUAUUUGGGACGUAGGAGGUGGCUACCGGAAGUUGGCAUUGAAGGGCCACGAGGACUGGGUGACGGAUGUUGCUAUUAGCAACAACAAGAAAUGGAUCCUCUCGGCUUCAAAGGACAGCUCCAUGAGACUAUGGAAUAUUGAAGAAAUUGACAAAAUUCCUUUGGUUUCUGAAAACAAAAAGGCCAUGGGAUUAAAGGUCAGGCAGUGCAGGAACUGUGACCAGCUUUUCUCCACCUUAGAAAGUGACCUCCAUUCCCAACUAUCCAGCAUGUGUCUGUUCUGCCGGAGAGAGGAGAAGACCUUACCGUCUAGUUCUUCGUCAUCGACCCUGGAGAGGACUGACAGCUGA